AUGACACGACGUGUCAUGUGCAAAACUCAGACACGUAACUUAAAGAAAGGAGAGCCUUUGUACCAAGACGUUUCAAACACUAGAAAAGAGCUUACGUCAGUCAACAGUGACGGUAGAGAUAGUAAUGAAAAAGUUCAUGACUACACUUUAUUCGAGCCUGUGAAAGCUCAAAGUUCUGAUGCCGUCCAGGGGGCGAGAAUAGUAACAGCACUUUUUGAUUUUAAUCAAUUUUCUGAGGACGAAAUUAGCUUCAAAGAACGAGACAAACUGAAACUUCGUGGAGAAACGUUGAGUGACUUCACUGAUAACUGCGACUGGUGUUUAGCUGAACACUUGACUACUGGUAAGAAAGGUUACAUCCCGCUUGUCUAUGUCACGGAAAACAUCCACGCACUUAAGGCACAAAGCUGGUGGUUUGACAUCAGCAGAAAAGAAGCGUCAAGAUUGCUUACAAUGUCCGGCAGUACUCCCGGAACAUACCUUGUUAGACCAACGGAAAGCGCACGUGGGCAUAUUACAUUGUCGUUGCUGAAUACGGACUCAAAUGUGACACACUGUCGAAUUAUCUCAAAAAAUGGACGAUUAUAUGUAGGGCAAAGGAGAUGGUUCAAUAAUAUUUUCGAACUUAUCAAUUUCUACAAAUACAACGUUGCAGAACUUCGAUGCAAACUAGAAAGUCCAGCCCAGAAACAAAAUCCUUUUGUAUACUCUCGGAAUCUAGAAGUUAAAAGAAGGUCUGUUGUUAUAACUAAAUCUUUUCGAUGCGGCAAUUAUGGAGAAAUAUUUAUUGGUAAAUUUUCCAACACAUUGGAUGUUACGAUCGUGACAAAGUUCAAACUGACGGUUGACAAAUUCUUGGCAGAGGCGAAAGUAUUACACAAUUUUCGACAAUGCAAACGCUUUGUCAGAGUAUUAGCUGUAAUCAUCAACCCUGAACCAUUUAUGCUCAUUCUCGGAGAGACGGUACGCAAUACGUUGCAACAGUGCUUGCAGAUUGACGGUGGCAAAACAUUUACCCGGAUGACUUUACUUGAAAUAGCUGCUGAGAUUGCUGAGGGGAUGGCUUUUCUAGAGAAGGAAAAGGUUGUGCAUCGGCAUUUAAAAGCUGAGAAUGUGUUUGUUUGUGAUUUUUACAAAGUGAAGAUAGUACAUCCAAAGUUAUCCGAGAUGAUGAAAGUUAGAUUUUCUGAUGAACAUUGCGAAGAUGAAAAUGAUUGGCAGUGGACUGCACCAGAAGCUAUAGACGACAAAACUAUGUUUAGUACAAAGUCUGAUGUAUGGUCAUUCGGGAUAUUGCUGUAUGAGCUCAUCACCUUUGGAAAAACGCCAUAUGCUGGUUUGAUUAAAAAAGAUACGCUUAGCCGUUUACAAAAAGGAUUCAGACUGCCGAAACCCAAAGAUGGCCCAGUACCAUGCCAUGUCGCUUUUUAUGUUACAAUGCUUAAAUGUUGGCAUCAGUUACCUGAAUGCCGUCCAACAUUUGACUUCCUCCAGGAUUUUUUCCACGACUUUGAAGUUGCAAUUGAAUAUGAGAUAGGCUUAGAAGAAAUACGACUUGAUUCUCAGAAGUCUGAGCCACAAGAGUCAACUCCAAUUACAUCUGAAAGUAUUCAAAAUGUAGGGAUAACAGAACCAAAUGCAGAGAAUUAUAACAAUGGAAAGACUCGAGUUGAUGUUGGUGUUAGUGUGAAAGAAUUGUACGAUUAUGACGCAGAAACACGACAUGAUCCUCAGAAGUCUGGGCCACAAGAGUCUACAUCUGAAAGUUUAGAAAAUGUAGGGAUAACAGACCCAACUGCAGAGAAUAAUAACAAUGGAAAGACUCAAGUUGAUGUUGGUGUUAGUGUGAAAGAAUUGUACGAUUAUGACACAGAAACACGACUUGAUCUUCAGAAGUCUGGGCCACAAGAGUCAACAUCUGAAAGUUUAGAAAAUGUAGGGAUAACAGACCCAACUGCAGAGAAUAAUAACAAUGGAAAGACUCAAGUUGAUGUUGGUGUUAGUGUGAAAGAAUUGUACGAUUAUGACGCAGAAACACGACUUGAUCCUCAGAAGUCUGGGCCACAAGAGUCUACAUCUGAAAGUUUAGAAAAUGUAGGGAUAACAGACCCAACUGCAGAUAAUAAUAACAAUGGAAAGACUCAAGUUGAUGUUGGUGUUAGUGUGAAAGAAUUGUACGAUUAUGACGCAGAAACACGACUUGAUCCUCAGAAGUCUGGGCCACAAGAGUCUACAUCUGAAAGUUUAGAAAAUGUAGGGAUAACAGACCAAACUGCAGAGAAUAAUAACAAUGGAAAGACUCAAGUUACUGGUGGAGAUAGUGUGAAGGAAAUAAUCGAUUAUGACGCAGAAACACAACUUGAUCCUCAGAAGUAUGUGCCUAAAGAGUCUACUCCUAAUGUAGGGAUAACAGAAUCAAAUGCAGAGACUAAUAAUAAUGGAAUCACUCAUGAUACUGGUGGAUUUCGUGUGAAACCAUUGUACGAUUAUGACUCAGAAACACGACUUGAUCCUCAGAAGUAUGUGCAUAAAGAGUCUACUCCUAUUACAUCUGAAUGUUUUCAAAAUGUAGGGAUAACAGAACCAACUACAGUGAAUAAUAACAAUGGAAAGACUCAAGAUACUGGUGGAUUUAGUGUGAAAGUAAUGUACGAUUAUGACGCAGAAACACGACCUGAUCCUCAGACGUCUGUGCCACAAGAGUCUACACCUAUUACAUCUCAAAGUUUACAAGAUACAGGGAUAACAGAACCAACUGUAGAGAAUAAUAACAAUGGACAGACUCAAGAUACUGAAACACGACUUGAUCCACAGAAGCCUCUGUCACAAGAGUCUACUCCUAUUACAUCUGAAAGUUUCCAAAAUGUAGGGAUAAGAGAAGCAACUGUAGAAAAUAAUAACAAUGGAAAGACUCAAGAUACUGGUGGAUUUAGUGUGAAAUCAUUGUACAAUUACGAUGCAGAAACACGACUUCGUCCUCAGAAGUCUGUGCCACAAGAGUCUGCUCCUAUUACAUCUGAAAGUUUUCAAAAUGUAGGGAUAACAGAACCAACUGCAGAGAAUAAUAACAAUGGAAAGACUCAAGAUACUGGUGGAGUUAGUGUGAAAGCAUUGUACGAUGAUGACGCAGGAGCAGAGGGCGAGGCAUCUUUUUACGAGGACGACAUUAUAACUGAUGUGGAUACAGUAGACGAAGGUUGGUGUAUAGGAACAGCAACAAAUGGUACACGCGGCCUAUUUCCAUCAAAUUAGGUUGAAAUAUUUCAAAAUGCUCACGCUGAAAUAAAUAGACUGUAAACAAGUAGAGGAUACAUGUGCGUGAGAUAGUUUUACACAUACAGUUUAAAUGUACCUCUGCUGUUCACAGUUACGAACUACUUGUAGAUUACUUUGUGCAAGUUACUCUAGAAUAUUGAUUAUUGUCUAAUAUAUAGUGACUUCAUAUGCAUUUUUUUGAUAAUCAAAGUCCUUUAACUUAACUAAGCUUCAUUUUUGUAACGAUUUUCAAUUCGGAAUAAAUUUAAGGCGAAAGAAAAUUCAUUGUUAGACCUGCUCAAACAUUUUCAAAAUCCGGAUAUCUACAAUUUUAUGUCGGAUACUAAAACACUUUCGUAAACAUUGUCCAAAUCUCCAGUUUUAAGAAAAUUUUGACAAAUUGUGAUAGUGCAAAGACAGUUUAACAGUGUUUGACAGUAUCUAAUUUUAAAUUUACAACGACAUUACCUCUAAUUGAAAUAGAUUAAGAGAAAUCUUCAUGAAAUAUCGGCAGUUCGACACCAUGACUGCGCAAGCAGAUAUUCGAACAACCCACUUUCGAAAAGGUAAAGCCAAUAUAUUUUCUCGUGAUUUAUUUUCAUUGAUUAAGAUUAAAUAUCUGUUGUCUUAAAUUAGAAUUGUGUACAACACGGAUAUUUACGUCUUUCGGGAAGCCUGGCAAGCCAAUAAACGUUCAAACUGGCGGCACUACCUUACAAUGACGAUACAGACCAAGUUCAAUGAAGAUCCAUCCAUAGUUUCAGCUCUAGGAACCCCAAAGGAAGUGACCCGGGCUGAAAAAAUGUUUAAGGACCUUAAUAUGAUGCUAUAAAUAAAGUUUAAUGAAGACCCAUCAAACGGUUCAUGAGAAAGUCAUUAAAAGAUCCUUCUAUUUUUAGCUUUAGUGGCCUCUAAAAGAGGUCAAGCAUCUCCAGUGCACAGGUCGGGAGAGGACCUUAUAAUGAUGCUACAUGCCAAAUUUGGUGAAGAUUCAUCCACCAUUUGAUGAGAAGUCAUUUAAAGGUAUUUCUGUUUAACGUUAUAGUAGUCCAUAAAAGGGCAAAUCACCCUCAGUCAAGCAAAAUGAUGACAGGACAUUAUAAUAAUAUACGAACGUUUGAUGAAGAUCAUCUAAGCCUUGUAUGAGAAGAGACUGAUUAGAGGUAUUUUAAUUUUAGCUUCAGUGGCCAUUAAAAGGAGCCGACAACUCCUAUUUUACUAAAUUUGGAAGAGGUAUUUAUAAUGAUGUUACAGACCAAGUUUGGUGACAAUCCAUAAUGCGUUUCAUUGGAUAAGCCGUUUAAUGGUAUUUCUAUUUUAAGCUCUAGCGGUCCCAAAAAGAGGCCGAGUGUUCCCCUUUAAACAAAUUUGGGAAAGGACCUUAUAAUGCUACAGACCAAGCCCACUUUGUCCUAAUUCGAAAAUUUCUAUUAAUAGCUCUAGGGGCCAAGGUCAACCAUUUAAACAUACUUGAUAGAGGUCCAGCAAGGAUGCUACUGACCAAGUUUGGUUUAAAUCUGACCAGUAGUUUCAGAGGAGAAGAUGUUUAAGUAAAAAUGUUGACACCUCCACUAAUAGUGAGCUUAAGUGUACCCAUCCGCCCAUUUUAUUUCUCCAAAUUCGAAUUUAUUUUCUCUGGCCUAAACCUUUCAACACAUUUUUAUUUCUAUACUUAAGGCAUAACUGUUUACCUCAUGGAGUUAGUCAAUAUUGUGAUAGACCCUUUAAAAUAGGUGUGAAGAUUAUUUUUUUAUUAUUAUUAUUAUUGUAAUUUCUUCAUUCUCCAUACAUUUCAGAUUUGUCAGGACUUAAAGAUUUUAAUUUCAUUGCCAUGUAUGUUUAUUCAUAUAUUGCCACAUGUUAUCAUGCAUAUUGAUAGAACGCAUGAUUUUCAGUUACAUGAUUAUGUUUUAUGCUUGUGACAUUUAAUAUAUAUUGAAAUUAUUACGUAAUAUAUAGAGCUGUG